UGGCGGCUGCUCCUUUGGGCAGCUGAAGGGGAAUUUAGGCCCUGGAGAUCCGAGGUCAUCCGCGGCGGGGAGAGGGCGAGCCGGGCCGGUACGGGCCUGAGCAGCAGCGGCGGCGCUCGCACUGUCCCAUCCGCCCCGUAUUGAGGCGCUGGGAGCAACGGGGCGACCGGAAAGCGAUGGUGAAAGCCGGGCCGUGAGGGGGGCGGAGCCGGACCGUACCCGCAGUAGCGGCAGUAGCGGCGCCACCUCCCGGAGCGCAGACCCAGGAAGCGGCCGGGCGGGCAGGAGCGAGCCGCUCCGCAGCCAUGGAGCUGAGGGUCGGGAACAGGGACCGGCUGGGACGCAAGAUCGGCAGCGGCUCCUUCGGAGACAUCUAUCUCGGUGGAGAUCUAGUUUUGCCCACACCAUUUGUUGAAGAUGUUGUCUUUCCUCCAUUGCGUGUAGUAUCAGAAUCCUGGGCCUGGAAGAGGUCACACCCUCAGCUCCCUGUUCAAGACAGAACAGAUGCCUCAAGAGGGGCACCAGCUCAAGAUAAGUCCAAGAUCAGCCCAGGGCUGCAAGAGAGAGGUUGGUCUAGUUACUGAGGGAGUGGCUUCCCAGUCUCUUCUGGUUCCAGUCUGUCACGUGGGUUUCUCUGACAGGGUUGCUGGGUGCUGUUCAUCAACAGAAAGGCCAGGAGUGAAUUCUGCCAACAAGGUUAUUUUCACUCGUUUGGCCAGAUCCCACUCUGAGUCCUGGCCUGA